GCUCUUCAUUUCUGCAAGUGCCAGUCAUGGGAAUUUCUUCCUUUCCAACGCUGGUGUUAGCGCAUUUCUUCUUCUUGUUUAUAGCACAUGUUCAUUCGUUAGAUUUUAAUGAGUCAUCUGCUCUUCUGGCCUUGAAAACCUACAUCAGUCCUCCUGAAUCUCAAAAUGUAUUGGCAAACAACUGGACUACCGCUACUUCAGUUUGCAACUGGACUGGUGUCAUUUGUGGCGGCCAACCUCGGCGGGUAACAGCCUUGAACCUUUCUUCCAUGGGUCUAAACGGCACCCUCCCACCAAUUGGUACAAUUCAAUCAGCUUUAGGCAGCUUAACUUCAUUGAAGAAGAUCGACUUGAGCAACAAUAAACUCUCAGGUUCCAUUGGUUCUACCAUUUUUAAUUUGUCUUCGCUCCAAAUAAUUGAUCUUAGCUUCAAUAGGCUAGAAGGCAAUCUCCCAACAGUCAUUUUCAACCGUCUUCCAGACUUGAAGGAGCUUUAUCUCUCAUGGAAUCAACUUUAUGGACAGAUCCCAGGCAGUUUAUUCAACUGCAGACAGUUGGAAGUAUUAUCUCUGUCUUCUAACAAUUUCAUUGGAAACAUACCGAUAAAUCUUGGGAACUUGACCACUCUCAGUCACUUGGAUCUUAGCAGUAACAACUUGGAAGGUCACAUUCCAAGCAGUAUUGGUAACUGCACAUCGCUCAAGGCAAUAAACUUCAGUGAAAACAACUUAGAAGGUGCAUUACCAUCAGAGAUUGGUCUUUUCCUUCCAAAUCUUCUUGAGCUUCAACUUCGGGGAAAUGAACUUCAGGGAACCAUCCCUAGUUCCAUCUCUAAUGCAUCUAAGCUCACUCUGUUGGAUUUGGCUGAUAACUCAUUUACAGGCCAUAUUCCUACAACAAUCGGCUAUCUGAAAAAUCUCCAAAAACUUGAUCUUGGCCAUAAUCAGUUAUCAAGUGAAUCCUACACUCCAGGGUCAAGCUUUAUACAUUCAUUGACAAAUAACAGGCAGUUGAGAAAGAUAGUGUUAUCAGGCAAUCCUCUAGAUACUGUGCUCCCUAUGUCCAUUGGAAAUCUCUCCACCUCUCUUGAAUAUCUUGAGUUAACAGAUUGCAGACUGAAGGGAAGCAUUCCAACUGAAGUUGGCAGCUUAAGCAGUUUGAUUUCCUUAAAGCUGGGAAACAAUGCAUUGACAGGUGUUAUUUCAUAUACAAUUGGACGUCUGAAAAACCUGCAAAGUUUGCAACUUCAAGGUAAUAAAUUACGAGGAUUCAUUCCUUAUGAUCUUUGUACGUUGAGAAAUUUGUUUGAAUUGUUUUUAGGUGGUAAUGAGCUCUCUGGAGCCAUACCAGGAUGCCUAAGUAAUCUCACUGCUCUAAGGAACCUCAGCUUAAGCUCUAAUAGGUUGACUUCCACAAUACCGUCCAGCUUGUGGAGCCUUGUGAAUAUACUGGCCAUAAAUCUCUCAUCAAAUUCUUUACAGGGUUCUCUCUCACCAGGAAUCAGUAAUUUGAAAGCUCUGAUCGAAAUCGACUUGUCAAAUAAUCAUUUGUCAGGGCACAUACCUUACAAUAUUGGGGACCUGAAAAAUCUAGCUUACGUCUCUUUGGCAGUAAAUAGAUUACAAGGUUCCAUUUCAGAACGCCUUAGUUUGUCUGUAGCCUUGGUAUUCUUGGAUCUCUCUCAUAACAACUUGUCCGGAGCAAUUCCGGAGUCUUUGGGAAAUCUCCGUUACCUUAUAUAUUUGAAUGUGUCUUUUAAUGAACUCGAAGGGGAGAUACCCAGUGCUGGAUCCUUUGCUAACUUCACAGCUCAAUCAUAUAUGAUGAACAAAGCACUUUGUGGUGCAGCACGAUUGCAAGUUCGGAGUUGCCGGACUAGUAAAAUACCAUGGAAAACUAUUUUGUUUUUUGGUAUGCUUCCAUUGAUUGCCUAUGCAUCAAUUUAUAUCCUAGCACAAUACAGGAUGAUAAAACACCGCAUGGAAAAGAAAAAGGAACAACUCUUAACAACUAAUAGAACGAUUCUGUACCAAGAAAUCGUGCUAGCAACAGAUGGAUUUAGGGAAAGUAACCUACUCGGAACAGGAAGUUAUGGAUCUGUUUACAAGGGAACAAUGAAAGAAGAGAAGAAUGUUGCCAUAAAGGUUUUCGAUUUGAAUCUAGAAAGGGGAUCGAGGAGUUUUCAGGUGGAAUCUAAAUUACUGACUGAAGUUUGUCAUCCUAAUCUUGUCAAACUCAUGAACACUUGUUGUGAUGAUGAUUUCAGAGCCUUGGUGUUAGAAUACAUGCCCAAUGGUACCCUAGACAAGUGGCUUUACACUCAUAAUUAUUUUUUGAAUCUCUUGCAAAGACUUGAUAUAAUGAUAGAAGUUGCAUCAGCUAUGAGCUACCUUCAUUCAAAACACAUCAUUCACUGUGAUUUGAAACCUAGCAAUGUCCUGCUAGAUGAAGACAUGGUUGCUCGUGUAAGCGAUUUCAGCAUUGCCAAACUUAUAGAUGCUGCAGUGCAAACAAGGACCAUGGCCACUAUUGGGUACAUGGCACCAGAGCACGGAUCGAGUGGAAUUGUAUCUGAAAAAAUAGAUGUCUACAGCUUUGGUAUUCUACUGAUGGAAACAUUCACUGGAAAGAAGCCCACAGAUGAUAUAUUCAACGGAGAAAUGAAUUUGAGGCGCUGGGUGCACGAGUCAUUACCUCAUGCAGUGGACACAAUCAUUGAUGUCACUUUGCUGCAAAGUGAUCAAGAAGUAGCAACUAAAACAAGAUGCAUAAAAUUGAUCCUGGAAGUUGCUUGGUUUUGUACUGCAGAGUCAUUUUCUGAUAGGAAGACUAUGACAGAAGUCGAGUAUGAGCUCCGUAAGAUUAAAACACAUUUUCUAAUAGACACUCAAUUGAUUGAAUGUGACGAUAUGGUCAGAUCAUGUUCUCUAAGAGACCCUGAAUUGACAGAAUGUGAAGAAUUGGGAACCGAUUCUAGGAUUUCGCUUCAAGAGCUUAAGUUAGCAACCGAUGGAUUUAGUGAAAGAAACCUGCUUGUCUUGGGGAAAUCUAGUUUUGUCUACAUAGGGCGGAUACAGGACAUGCGCCUUGUUGCGGUAAAGAUUUUUAACCUACAGAGAGGAGGGUUAGAGAAGUUUAAGGUUCAUUUUCGAGCACUCUCAUCUAUUCGUCAUCGGAAUGUUGUCAAAAUUCUGAAAUAUUGCAGUGACGUUAAUUUCAAAGCCUUGGUGGUGGAGUACAUGCCCAACGGGUCUCUCCAAAGCUAUCUACGCUCUGGCAAGAGUACUUUGACUUUGAGCUUUCAGCAAAGGGUUGAUAUAAUGAUUAACGUGGCAUCUGGUUUAUGUUAUCUUCAUUCUAUGCAUGUCAUUCACUGCAAUUUAAACCCCAUGAAUGUCUUGCUAGAUAAGGAUAUGGUAAGUAAUGUUGCUCGUAUAAGUGGCUUCAGCUUUGCCAAAUGCUUAGAAGAAGGGUUUGCUGCAGUUAAAACCUCUAGAAUGGCGGCUGCUCCCGGAUAUAUGACACCAGAGUAUGAAUCAACCAGAACUGUUUCCGAAAAAACUGAUGUAUAUAGCUUUGGUAUUCUACUAAUGGAAACGUUUACCGUUAUAAGACCGGCGGAAGAAAUGAACUGGAGGAGCCGGAUUUGCAAUUCCUUACAAUCUAUAGACAAAGUUGCAGAACUCAGUUUUCUGCAGACUGAUCCGGAAGACUCCGUUGCCUCUGUAGCACGUAUAAGCGGAUGUUUACGUUUGAUCCUGACAUUGGUUUAUUGUUGCACAAAAGAGUUACCUGAUGAGAGAAGGACUAUGACACAAGUUGAAACAGAGCUUGCGUGGUUAAAGAAAACAGUUGACAGAAUUUGAAACAGAGCAUGGGAUGUUGGAGAAACAGCUUUUUGAGUAUAUUUAUGGAAACAUUUACCGCAAUAAGGUCCAAGGAAAAAAAUGAAUUUGAGGAGGUGGUUUGAGAAAGACUGACAGAAAUUGAAUCAGAACUCAAUGAGGGUGAUACGGUUGUGACUAUGGUUGAUGGAAAUGAGCCUUGACCAUGAGAGUCAUUUGCGAACCAGUUGAGUCACUUUGUCUUACUGAAAUUUGCAAUUAAACAAGCCCCUUCAGCCGUUGCUGGGCGCGGGAUUUGUUUUUAGGGGUAUAAAUAGAACAUAACGUUGGAUGAAUCGUAGGUGGA